AAAAAAAAAAGGAAAAGAAAAGAAAACUCAGCCAAUUAGUCAAUUCUCUCUCUCUUUCUCUCGUUGAAGACAAUUUACAAAAUCCCAAGAAUCCCAAUUCAUCCCCAUCUAUGAAUGCUCUCAUUGUUUGAUCCCAUCCAUGGCGAUUGUUAGAAAUUGCUAAGACAUCAUCAGGUUCGUUUGUUUUUUCUUGAAAUGGUUCAGAGGUACUUUACCUCUGGCAAUGACCUUCUUAGUAGUACAUUCCUGAGUAUACUUGCUUCGAGAUGCAAUUAAAUGAUAGUCGCAAAGAAGAUAUUUCUGAACGUGAGCCCAUCUUAGGUCAGUCUGACAGCGAGGACAGAUUUGUAGAAUCAUCUUCAUCAUGCGAAAUUGUAACCGUUGGAGGGGAUCACGCUAUUAUCGACCAGGAUCUGCAAAAUCUUCACGUUGAUGAAAUUUGUCAACUGGUGAAUGCAGAUCAACCACAAUGCCGUAUAUGCCUUGAUUCUGGAGAGGAAGACUUAAUUGCUCCUUGCCAGUGCAAAGGCACCCAGAAAUAUGUCCAUAGAUCAUGUCUCGAUAACUGGAGGUCAACUAAAGAGGGCUUUGCUUUUGCUCAUUGUACCGAAUGCAGGGCAGCGUUCUUGCUACGUGCAAAUUGUCCACCUGAUCGCUGGUGGUUGAGAUUGAAGUUUCAAUUCCUUGUUGCUAGGGACCAUGCACUCAUUUUCAUAAUUGUUCAGCUGAUCGUGGCAUUCUUGGGGGUUCUGGUUUAUAAAUUUUAUGGUGAUGAACUAAGGGAAAUGUUUGGUUAUGAAGAACACCCAUAUGGAUUCUAUACUAUGGCCGUUUUAGCUAUCCUUUUGGUGGGUUUGCUUUAUGGUUUCUUCAUAGCUAUAAUAUGUGGGCAGAGGAUCAGCGAACGACACUACCAUGUUCUUGCUAAACAAGAACUAACAAAGGAAUAUGUUGUAGAAGAUCGAGAAGUUAAUAAGGAUGUCCCUGAACUAGACCCCAGUCAUGUCACGGAACUGAAGAUGUUGGGCCUCUAUUAGUCUGGAAGUCUAUAAAUUUUGCUGCUUUUGUCUGGCCUUGCUUUGGGACGACUCGUAUCACUUAGACGCGGCAAUUGAAUAUCUACCCAAAGUCAACCUGGAAAUUGGUUUUUAUCUACCCAAAGUCGACCUGGAAAUUGGUUUUUCUUCUCACCAAGUGAGACCAAUUAUAUCAGAGCAACGUCCACAUUAAAGCCAAACCAACUGAAUAGAAAUAACUUAUGUGCCCAGUUCCUAUUCUUGGUAACUCUGUUACCACGAUCUUUUCCGAUUUCUCACACGAUGAUGUUGUUUCGGUUAAAUAAGCCUUUUCUUAAAGCAUCUUCAAUGCCCGGACUUGUACAGCAUAUUUGUUUGUAUGGAGAUCUCAAAGGGAAGAAUGAAACAGAAAACAGAAAAUGUUAUUGUUUAUACGGAUUACCUGGUUUUUGACAAUGAUGUGUCAAAAACCGCUUGUGUUUUUCUAUUACUUGGGCUUGUUGAGUACUUGAGUUAGGCCUCACAUUGUAUCAUUUGCUCGUUAUACGACGGUGUUGCUGUCUCCCAACUGCUUUGAGUGUGUUGUGUUAGAUUACUGGGAGGGCUCUUUUUCUUCUUUUUUUUUUUUUUCUUUUCUUUUCUUUGGUGUAAGUUUUUAAAUUAGUAGCAUUAUGAUAAUGAUAGUUCGAUCUCUUCCUUUUUAUUUCUUUUUUGGCUGAAA